UCAACAUAUUUUAAUAUUUGUAUAAUGAAUGGCUUCGAUCUAUUUCAAAAACAUUUUUCAAAUUCAUAUCCAGAAGAAAGAGAUUGUACAUUAGACAGCAAUGGGGCCGCUGCAACUGUUUGUAAAUUUAAUAGGCUUGGAACUUUAAUUGCUGUUGGGAGUACUGAUGGAAGAAUUUUUAUUUACGAAUUUGUAACAAAAGGUGUUGUUAAGGCAUGGAAUGGACAUGUAAAACCAAUAAUUUCAUUAUCUUGGUCGCGUAAUGGCAAACGUUUACUUUCUUCUAGUGUUGAUGGUUCUGUGUCUGUCUGGGAUGUUUUGAAUACUACACAGCCUCUUCAUCGACUUAGUUUUGGAGUUGGAUCAACAACUCAAUAUGCAUUAUUUAAUCCAAGAAACGAAAAUCAAAUCCUCGUUUAUCUUAUUCUUCUAAAUUCGAGUGUUUGUUCAUCUCCAGUUGUUAAAAAUUUACUUACUGGACAGGAAACAAGGCUUGCGCCAAUUGGAAGCAAGUCUGAGGCUGCAGAUGAGCCAAUCUCCACUGCUAUAUUUGAUCGUCGUGGAAAUUUUAUUAUUACAGGGAGCACGAAGGCAUCUACUUUAAAACCAAUUAUUCAUUGUCGUCAACAAGGGAAUCAACAACAGAUUAAAAGCUUUUCAUUCUCAAGACGUAAUGAUUAUAUUAUAACAAAUUCACAAGAUCGUGUCAUUCGCUGUUAUCGACUUCAGGAUUUGUUAAAUAUUAAGCAAGGAAGUACACUUCAACCAAUACAGCGUUUUCAGGAUAUUGUUAAUAAGACUCUUUGGAAAUGUAUUUGUACUUCUGGAGAUGGGGACUAUAUUUGUGGUGGAAGCAGUAAAAGCCAUUCAUUAAAUAUUUGGGAGCGAAGCACCGGGGCUUUAGUUAAAAUAUUGCACGGACAUAAAGGAGAAUUACUUUCUGAUGUUCAAUGGCAUCCAAAUAAACCUGUAAUUAUUUCUGUUUCUGCUGGAACAGGUUCUGUAACUGUUUGGACACAAGCACAUGUUGAAAAUUGGAGUGCUUUUGCGCCUGAUUUUACAGAAUUGGAAGAAAAUUUAAAAUAUGUUGAAAAAGAAGGGGAAUUUGACACUUUUGAUGAAGAUGCUAGUGAUAAUGGAAUGGAAAAUGAGAAAAAGGAAGAGGAAGAAAUGGAAAUAUUGGAUGUAACAACAAUAGAAGCACCAGAUUACCUUCAGUCAUCAGAUGAAGAGGAAUUGGAGGAUUUUUCUACAGAUUUGGAGAACGGAAAAUCACUCUGGUUUGUGCCUGUAGUUCCAGAAAUUGAUCUCGUGGAAGAAGAAACAAUUAUUAAAUCAGAAUCUCGUCCAAAUUCUGCAACAAAAACAAGAAAUCCUGGAAAGUCGCAGACAAAGUCUAAACGUUCAAAAUAG